AUGUUGUUCAUCAGGUUGACUGGCACUGUUGACCGGCACAUCAGGGGCGAGAUUGGCUCAGGAGGUGUGUUCCUGAAGGUUAUUUGCCCCGGCAGGCAGCGCAGGUGGAGCCCCAGCCGGCGGGGGCCGUCGCCGGGGGUAACGGCGCGGGGGCGGGUCCCUCGGACAGCCCCGGGUCGCAGAAGAGAGGGGGCGGGGGCCAGCGUGAUGGACAGGAUCAAGUCGCCGGGGACGGUGCGGAAGCUCUCCCUGAAGAUGCGGAAGCUGCCGGAACUGCGGCGCAAACUGAGCCUGCGCACGUCCCGCUCCCAGCGGCACGCCCCGGGGGCCUCGCCCCCCCAGGGCGCCCGCGCGGAGGAGUCCUCCUCCAGCAACGUCAUCAGCCGCUACCACCUGGACAGCAGCGCCCCCGCCCGGCCCCUGCGCCGGCCCUCGCGCCCCCGCUCCGCCGGCAAGGCCGGCUACCUGAGCGACGGGGACUCCCCCGAGCUGCUGCCCAAACAGGGGCCCCCCGGCCCCGCCCCGGCCCCGGCCCAGGACCCCGCCGCCUUCCGGCCCUACUCGCUGUCGGACCAGCCCCGCUGCGCCCAGCGCGUCUCCGGCCUGCUCACCGUGCACCUGCUGGGCGCCCAGGACAUCCUGAAGGCGCCCAAGAUGGACGCCGGCCGGGAGGUGUUCUGCGCCAUCCAGGUGGACGGGGUGACGCGCGCGCGCACCGCCCUGCUCACCUGCAGGGGGCGCUCCCUGCCGCUCAACCACACCUUCAACCUGGAGCUGGAGCGCGCGCGGCUGCUGAAGCUGGUGCUGCUCACGCCGCACCCGGCCUCCAGCGUGUCCUCGGCCUCCGGCGCCGCCGCCGCCGCCCGCAACCGCGUCUGCGGCCUGGCCGAGGUGGCCGUGCCACAGCUGUUCAGAGGCUCCCGUUCUCAGCAGCUGUGUGUGAGGUUGGAGCCGCGGGGGCAGUUGUACGUGAAGCUGACCCUGCUGGAGCAGUGGGACCCCCCCCAGCCCGGCCACAGCGCGCCCCAGCCCGCCAGCGUGUUCGGCGUGGUGCUGCGCCACCUGGUGGACAAGGAGGGCUCUGCAUCAAGGGUGCCGCUCAUCAUCCAGAAGUGCGUGGCCGAGAUCGAGGCCCGGGGGCUGAAGGUGGUGGGGCUGUAUCGGCUGUGUGGCUCAGCGGCGGUGAAGAAGGAGCUGAGAGACGCGUUCGAGCGUGACAGCGGUGCCGUCACCCUGACGGAAGAGCUGUACCCCGACAUCAACGUCAUCACCGGCAUCCUGAAGGACUACCUGCGUGAGCUGCCGUCCCCGCUGAUCACGAGGACCCUGUACGAGGUGGUGCUGGAGGCCAUGACCCUGCGGCCGCCUCGCGCUGCCCCCUGUGGGAGCAACGGGGAAGUGCAGCGGUCACACAGCACGGUGUCACUGCUGGAGUGCCUCCCGGAACCAGAGAAGGCCACCCUGGCCCUCCUGCUGGACCACCUGAGCCUGGUGGCGUCCUUCUGCGACAGUAACCGCAUGACGUGCCAGAACCUGGCCGUGUGUUUCGGCCCCGUGCUGCUCACGCCCACGCAGGAGUCCUGGAGGCCCCGGGCCCCCGGGGGCCCCGCGGCGGGCGGGCCCCAGCGCGGGGGCCGCAGCUUCAGCCACAGCGAGGAGAUCGCCAGCGCGGUGGACUUCAAGAGACACAUCGAGGCUCUACACUACCUGCUCCAGCUCUGGCCCAUUCCCACAGGCCGAGCCUCCGACGAGCAUCGAGCCCGCGACCCCAGCCCCGAACGGCAGCCCUCCCCCGCCCCGCCCGUGUCCCACAAUGCCCUGCAGCGGCGCGGCCAGCGCCUGCGUCUGGACCUGCCCCAGGACGGCGUGGUGUCCCGGCGCGGGCGGGGCCGCCUGGAGAGCCCGCCCUGCAACCGCUACGCGGGCGACUGGAGCGUGUGCGGGCGCGACUUCCUGUCCGGCGGGCGCGACUUCCUGUCCGGCGGCGAGGCCGACUACGACGAGGUGGCGGGGAGCGACAGCGAGGAAGAGGAGGAGGAGGAGGAGGAGGAGGGGCGGCGGCGGCGGCGGGAGCCCCUGAAGAAGAGCGACUGGGCCCCCCAGGGGCCCCUGUACGUGGACGAGUUCCCCCUGGGGCCCGAGCCGCUGGACCUGGACCUGGACGCCCCCUUCAGCUGCCGGCUCAGCCUGAAGGACUUCGACACGCUCAUCUCCGACCUGGAGAGGGAGCUGUCCAAACAGAUCAACAUCUGUCUCUGAGGCCCAGGAAACGGAUCAACAUCUGUCUCUGAGGCCGGGAAACAGACCAACAUCUGUCUCUGAGGCCCAGGAAACAGACCAACAUCUGUCUCUGAGGCCUGGGAAACAGACCAACAUCUGUCUCUGAGGCCCGGGAGACGGACCAACAUCUGUCUCUGAGGCCUGGGAAACAGACCAACAUCUGUCUCUGAGGCCGGGGAAACAGAUCAACAUCUGUCUCUGAGGCCGGGAAACAGACCAACAUCUGUCUCUGAGGCCCAGGAAACAGACCAACAUCUGUCUCUGAGGCCUGGGAAACAGACCAACAUCUGUCUCUGAGGCCGGGGAAACAGAUCAACAUCUGUCUCUGAGGCCCGGGACGACCGGGAGGAGGGGGGGGGGGGAGGGGGGCGGACAGACGAUGCUUAUGACUCCCCCUAUCCUCACCCCCACACCCCCACGACUGAGGAAAAAGCCAGAAAACAUCCAAAUCCUUUCCCUAAAAACACCCAAUUCCCUGUUGAAGAAGUGACUAAAGAAACGACGAGGGGCAAUGAUGUUUGCCUUUAUUUUCCUCCCUGUAUACUCUAUAUACACCCACACACACACACACACACUCACACGUAC